CUUUCACCCAGUCACACGCCCUCCUUCACGGUCGCGCCCCACAUGUAUACGUGGCAGAGGCAGCGGGUAUUUAAGGCCGCGUUCUGCAGACAUGGGCAGCAGUGUCACCUCUGCAUUGGCUGGAUCAUGUCUUCCCUCAAGGUUGUUGCCGCCGUGCUCGCCCUCGUGGCAGCCGGCGCCGCCCGCCCAGACCACGGGGCGGGAGCUGGGGGACACGACAACGGCGCUGCCACUCACACCGGCUAUGGAGCUCCUCCGCCGCCUCCUCCGGCCACCUACGGGGCACCUCCACCCACCAUCUACGGUCAACCCGAGCCAGAGAAUGCGCCACCCAAGUACGAAUUCAACUGGGAGGUGAAGGACCAAGACUCCGGUAACGACUUCGGCCAACAGGAGUCCCGCGACGGCGACAACACCGAGGGAUCCUACCACGUCCUCCUCCCCGACGGCCGCAUCCAGAAGGUCACGUACACAGCGACCAAGGACGGCGGCUACUUGGCAACGGUGGUGUUCGAGGGGGAGAUCAAACAGGAGCACAAGGGUUACGGCGAAAGCAGCCCCCCGCCCCAAACCUACGGACCACCAACCACCCCACCUGCCCAAACCUACGGACCACCAACCACCCCACCUGCCACCUAUGGCCUGCCUACCACUCCCCCUGCCACCUACGGCCCACCCACCACUCCCCCUUCCAUUUACGGCCCCCCUACCCCCCCUCCCACUACUUACGGUCAACCGGCUGCUCCCGGCCACGCCUAGACUCCACUACCCUCUAGAGUAUUGUCACACGCUUUUUCUUCUUUCUCUGUUUCUCCCCCUCUCUUCUCUCUCUCUGUCUCUCUUUCCAGCAUAGGUUAACUAACUUAUUUGUUUAAACAACAAUAAAUGAGCACCAGACGAC